AUGGGAGCCACUUCGAAACCUUCCGAGCUGGCUGCCCAAGUUCAUAAGAACCCUGCCUCAUCGGACCUUUCGGGCAGUCCGAGCGCCAGGGGCCCGAUCUCGCUGCUGCAGGAGUACGUGCAGGAGGCCUCCAAGCCCUGCGCCCUGCCCUCGAACUUCUCCGUGCUGCAGUGGGACCUCGACGCGAGGGCGUCCGGUGCGAUCCUGGAGUUCCGCGCUACGGUGUCCUUCUUCCUCGAGGGGGUCCCGCACCACGUGGUUGGCGUCUGGAAGCCCUCCAAGAAGGCUGCACAGCGCGACGCUGCCGAGCGGGCCCUGGGGCUGUACGCCCCGAGGGUGGAGGGCGAGGCGGAGAGCCGCUCGCCCAUGGCGGCCGUGGUGGAGCUGCGGGACGACCAGCCCUGGUACGUGGCGACGGCCCCGGGGGACGUGGUGCUCAGCGUGCCCAUCUCGGGCCGGCUGCUGCCCCGGACGGCCCCCGGAGCACUGCUCUGUGCGCCUCCAGGCCUGGCCGCGCCCCCGGGCCUGGAGCUGCUGGAGGACACGCAGAGCGAGGGCACGCAGCAGGAGCACACCGAGCUCCUGAAAGAUUUUUGCGACGAGAUGGGCUGGCCGCAGCCCAGGUUCAACUUCAGGGCCGAGGGGGACGGGUGCCUGGCGAUGGUGGAGGUCGUCGUUCUCGGUGUUCUCCACACGUUCUCGGGCCAGCUGUGCGACGACCUCGAGGCGGCCGAGGACGACGUGGCCAAGAGGGUCCUCUGGUACCUGCGGGCCCCCGGCAGCGAGGACGCCUUCGAGCCAGACAAGGACUACGCCAUGAAGGCAGCUAAGCUCACUCCGCCCAAGGCUGAUUGGGUCAAGGACGGCGGGUUGCAGGACGAGGUGUUGGAGCGAAAGAUGACGGUCAUGGUGCUGCAGAACAGACUACAGCAGAUUUUCGCGAAUCACACCGUGCCCGGCAUGCCCGUGUGGAAUUGGAGUUACGAGCGAGGGCGGAAAGUCGGCUUGGAUCCCAGGCUGAUUCGCGCCAGGGUGACCAUACCGUUGGCGGGCAGGCAAUUCGUGGGCAAGUGGACGUAUGGGCAGAGGAACGCGCAGAUUGACGCAUGCGCACAGGUCACCGAGUUCAUUGAUCAGGAAUACCCGCCGCAGAAGCGAUGA